AUGUCGAGACCCCGAGGACUGGCAUGGGUCCCCCUCGCCAUGGUCAGCUCCGGCGUCUACCUGUGGGUCACGGCGCUCGCCCUCCGCGUCGCGCCCGCCGAGGGCCAGGCCCCGUACCCCGUGGUCAGCACCAACUACGGCAAGAUCCGUGGCCUGCGGACGCCGCUGCCCAGUGAGAUCCUGGGUCCCGUGGAGCAGUACCUGGGGGUGCCCUACGCCUCGCCGCCGACCGGGGAGCGGCGGUUCCAGCCCCCCGAGCCCCCCUCGUCGUGGACCGGGGUGCGGAACGCCACGCAGUUUGCCGCCGUCUGCCCCCAGCACCUGGACGAGCGGUCGCUGCUGCACGACAUGCUUCCCGUAUGGUUCACGGCCAACCUGGACACGCUCAUGACCUACGUGCAGGACCAGAGUGAGGACUGCCUGUACCUCAACAUCUACGUGCCCACGGAGGACGGAGCCAACAGCAAGAGACACUCAGACGAUAUAACCAGUAAUCAGCGUGGGGACGAUGAAGACAUCCACGACCAGAGCAGCAAGAAACCGGUGAUGGUGUACAUCCACGGCGGCUCCUACAUGGAGGGCACGGGCAAUAUCAUCGACGGCAGCAUCCUGGCGAGCUACGGCAACGUCAUCGUCGUCACCCUCAACUACCGGCUGGGCGUCCUGGGGUUCCUGAGCACGGGCGACCAGGCGGCCAAGGGGAACUACGGACUCCUGGACCAGAUCCAGGCCCUCCGGUGGAUCGAGGAGAACGUGGGGGCCUUCGGCGGCGACCCCAAGCGCGUCACCAUCUUCGGCUCUGGCGCCGGGGCGUCCUGCGUCAGCCUCCUGACCCUGUCCCACUACUCGGAAGGCCUGUUCCAGAAAGCCAUCAUCCAGAGCGGCACCGCCCUGUCCAGCUGGGCCGUCAACUACCAGCCGGCCAAGUACACGCGCAUCCUGGCGGACAAAGUGGGCUGCAACAUGCUGGACACGACCGACCUGGUGGAUUGUCUCCGGGGCAAGAACCACCGGGAGCUGAUCCAGCAGACAAUCACCCCGGCCACCUACCACAUCUCGUUCGGGCCCGUCAUCGACGGCGACGUCAUCCCCGACGACCCGCAGAUCCUCAUGGAACAGGGCGAGUUCCUCAACUACGACAUCAUGCUGGGGGUCAACCAGGGAGAGGGCCUCAAGUUCGUGGACGGCCUCGUGGACGCCGAGGACGGCGUCACGCCCAACGACUUCGACUUCUCCGUGUCCAACUUCGUGGACAACCUGUACGGCUACCCCGAGGGCAAGGACACGCUGCGGGAGACCAUCAAGUUCAUGUACACCGACUGGGCCGACAAGGAGAACCCCGAGACGCGGCGCAAGACGCUCGUGGCGCUCUUCACCGACCACCAGUGGGUGGCGCCCGCCGUGGCCACCGCCGACCUGCACGCCCAGUACGGCUCGCCCACCUACUUCUACGCCUUCUACCACCACUGCCAGAGCGAGAUGAAGCCCGGCUGGGCGGACGCGGCCCACGGCGACGAGGUCCCCUACGUCUUCGGCGUCCCCAUGGUCGGCCCCACCGAGCUCUUCAGCUGCAACUUCUCCAAGAACGACGUCAUGCUGAGCGCCGUCGUCAUGACCUACUGGACCAACUUCGCCAAGACCGGGGACCCCAACCAGCCCGUGCCCCAGGACACCAAGUUCAUCCACACGAAACCCAACCGGUUCGAGGAGGUGGCCUGGUCCAAGUACAACCCCAAGGACCAGCUCUACCUGCACAUCGGCCUGAAGCCCCGCGUGCGCGACCACUACCGGGCCACCAAGGUGGCCUUCUGGCUCGAGCUCGUGCCGCACCUGCACAACCUCAACGAGAUCUUCCAGUACGUGUCCACCACCACCAAGGUGCCCCCUCCCGACAUGACCUCCUUCCCCUACGGCACCCGGCGGUCGCCCGCCAAGCUCUGGCCCACGACCAAGCGGCCGGCCGUCACGCCCGCCGGGGGCGGCCCCAAGCACGCCAAGGACCCGCACCGCACGGGCCCGGAGGACACGACGGUCCUCAUCGAGACCAAGCGGGACUACUCGACGGAGCUCAGCGUCACCAUCGCCGUGGGUGCCUCCCUGCUGUUCCUCAACAUCCUGGCCUUCGCCGCCCUCUACUACAAGAAGGACAAGCGCCGCCACGAGACGCACCGGCGGCCCAGCCCGCCCGCCGCCGCCCCCCCCAACGACGUGGCCGCCCACAUCCGGGGCGAGGAGAUCAUGUCGCUGCAGAUGAAGCAGCUGGAGCGCGAGCACGAGUGCGAGUCCCUGCAGGCGCACGACACGCUGCGGCUCACCUGCCCGCCCGACUACACGCUCACCCUGCGCCGCUCGCCGGACGACGUCCCACUCAUGACACCAAAUACCAUCACCAUGAUCCCCAACACGCUGACGGCCAUGCAGCCGUUGCACACCUUCAACACCUUCAGCGGGGGGCAGAACAGUAGCAACCUGCCCCACGGGCACUCGACCACGAGGGUAUAG